ACUGAGUUGGUUAAAUUUGCUUUCACUUUGCAUGAAGUAUUUAAAGGAGGACUCUCUUCAAAAUAUUUAAAGAAAUCUAAUCUCAUGUAGAAUGUCUUCAUCUUCAUCUGAGUCAUCUUCAUCUGAGUCUUCUUCAUCUGAGUCAUCAGAUGGCCAAGAGGAAGUUCCUAUUGUGACCAGGAAGAUUUUUGAACGUCCAAUACCAACAGUGACACCUGACAGCUCCUCCCCCGCCUGUAGUAAGAAUGAGAAAGUUGUUGGUACUCAUUGGUCAAAGAAGAUUAAGGUGUGCCAUGUUCCAUGUGAGCCUAAAGCGCCUCCAGUCCUCAAUAAGUUUGGCAUUGCUGACCUUGCUCAAUUUGAUGGACAUUGGUCGGACGAGGAGGGCCUCAUUCUUGACAAAGAUUAUGUACCAGAUGCUGAUGAAGAAAUGAAUUCAAGCACCGAUUCAGGUGAAGAGGGGGGGAAAAAGAAAGCCAAGAAGGCUGAUUCCAAGAAGGCUGAUUCCAAGAAGGAUGGUGGCCAAGGAGGCCAAACUGCAAUCACAGAUUCAUCCAAAGCGGCAAAAUCUACAACUAGAUCCUUACAUGAAUUCUCUGGUGCCCCAUCUGAUAGGGAAAGAGCCCAAAUAGUGGCAAAUGCCAAGAAACUUCCUGGAGCUGCUGUGGCAGAGCUGUGGUGGAAGUGCCCAGAAGAGAAUUGUACCAUUCAAACAAAGCGGGCAGACCAUUUGAAGAGGCACAUGGUGAACAUUCACAAGAGGGAGAAAAAUGAUCCCUUCUUUAAGACUCUUUCUUAUGUGCGGUACUCCACCUGUCCUGAUUGUGGGUGUCGAAAGGCAAACAUGCAUCAGCAUCGCCAAAGCUGUAAAGCUGCGCAGGCCAAAGAAGUAGUGGAGACUCCCAAGCAGCGGAAGUCCCUCCAAAAGCCAGAUGGCCCCAAAACCAUUCCAGCCCUUAAGGAUUUGAGCAACUCCUCAGUUGAGGAUUGUUUUGUCAAAUUUCUUGGUAACAGAGCCCCAGUCACCAAGCAAACCUACAGGCGGUAUCUGAGGUUAUUCUUCAAAUACUGCCAGAAAGAGGAUGAAACCUUUGAACCAAAGGCUCUCUUUGAGAAACUCAACCUUCCCUUUGGGGAGGCUGUUGUUUUACAAUCUCAUUUAGUGCGGGCAUUCUUGCACACCCUAUCCCCCACCAUGGCCCUAAAUGUUGGGAAAGCACUUCUGCUGUUUCUAUCAAUGUAUCAAGACUUUGUUUAUGCCAAUUACGAAAUGUCAGACAACCAAGUCAAGGAUCAAGCAAAGGAUAUGAUUGAGCACGCCUCUGUUGUGAUCAAAAAUCAUUCCAAGACUUGUUGUGUUGAUGCAAAGGCUGUUACUGACAAGAACAGAGAGGUCCAACGGCAAGCAAAGAGCUUAUCAUCUCAACCUGAACUUGUCAGGCUUUACUGCCGAAGGCUUUUGCAAUCUCCUUACCUGAUUUCUCUCUGCAAGAAGAUCAACAGGAGUUGUUAUGAAAUGUUAAACAAGAAUGAUUUGACUGCCUUGACCAUUCGGGACAUGACAAUGGGACUUUUGGAGGUCUGUAGUGGGGGCUUGAGAGGUGUUGCAAUCAGAAGUCUCACCUAUGGAGAGUACAAUGACCGAGAAACAGUAUCAAAAGAACCUCUUAGAGUGGUGAUUAGGUGCCAUGCACACAAGACCAUGAAGUUUUAUGGUGCUGCAUUGGUUGUUGUUACUAAUCCAAUGAUUUUGGAUUUGCUGAAUACUUAUGUUGAACAUGUCAGACCACAAAUUGGACCCACUGCCCUCCUCAGUACAGAUGAAAGCCCACUUUUCCCCACCAAGACAGCCAAGAUUCCUGGCUCAACCAGGCAUGGGAUUGAUUGGGUUCGAACUGUUCUGGUAAAGAAAUUGGGGAUAAAAAACGCUCAUGACCCGCAUCUUUUGUCCUUCACAUCCAUGGCCUUGCGCAAAGCCUACUCUCAAUUUGCAAAUGAAAUUGUCGAAAAGGACACAGAGGCUCAGGAGCAAAUUCGCAAGGACACAGCCAACUUCAUGGGCCAUGCAAACAAAACAGCUGAUCAACAUUACCGUGUUGACGAUUCUAGUACAAUGCGAAUUGUCAAACGCGUUCAAGACUUACUUGAAUGCCCUGUUACUGAAGAGGAGCUAAGCAAAAUUGGAUUUGACGUGGCACAAGACCAAACUGAUAUGGUUGGAAAUGCCUUGGCUGGAAUUGAUCCUCCCCAGUCUACUGAACUUGGAUCUGACAGUUCCACUGAUUCAUCUGAUUCAGAUGGAAAUACUUCGGGCAAAACUCAAGAUUGUACCUCAACUACGCACCCAGCUGUGCUCAAGGAACCCCUUCCAGUCAUUGAUCCCCCCACUACUUCAAUCCAAGCUGUCCAGAAGAAGUUUGUUGUUUCUGAGGGUGCUGCAAAGAUUCCCAUGAGAACAACCCAUGCCCCCUUUUCUGAUGAUGAACGAGAUCUAAUGGCUCGAUUUUUCCUUUGUCGGGAUAUCAUUACAAUCACAACCGAAACUAUUGCUGUAGCGUUGGGCAAUGAAGAGUAUCGAAAUUUGCACAAGAAGGUGAUGCUUCAAGUCAAUGGAAAUGAGAGGAAAUUGAAACAAAGGAUCCGAUCUGCGUUACGAAAAAUGGCCCUGGCCUACGCUCCAGGAGACGAUUAAGUGCGAAAAUGUCAGAUCCAAACUCCUUAAAUGCCAUGUUAAUUUUAACUGGUGUAGAUACUCCGUUUUUAUUGUUCCACCAGGUAAAUGAAGUGUUCCAAACAUGAAACUGGACAUUGCUCAAACAAUUCCUCAUUUUCAGUUCAGUGCCACACUCUUCUUCUCUUGCCUCAUGUUUCCUGCUGGAGGAUCCUUCUUCUAUCAGUUAUGUCCUUGAAAAGGUAAGAUGUGAUGAAAGAAAUGUGAUCUUCUUUCUUUGGAUAAAACUCCAAUAUUUGUUUUCAGGUCAUCUUUGAAUGGCAACCAAUGGAUGGUUUGCAGACGAUUUUACGACCAAUGCCAAUGCAACGCUAGUCCUUCAAAGAAAGAGAAACGAGCUUUUAUUUAAGUCAAAAAAUAUCGAAAGUGUAAAGUAAAUCCAAAGAAGUCGGGAAAAUAUAUGGAAAAACGUGUCA